AAUAUAUGCGCAUGCGUAUUUGGGCAAGUAGUCAGCCAUUUUCCUAUCUUGUCAGUUUGUGUCCGCGUCGAAGAUGACGAAAUUAUUGAGAUUGUGUGUAUGUGCUGCCUUUAUUGUGGCUUCUGUGUAUGGCCAAAGUAUUCAGAGUUUGAAAAUUGUUCCCGAGAGAACGUAUUUACUAACUCUAGAGGGAGAUGAGUUGAAGCUAGACUGUAUUGUCCAGUUCAGCGGUAAACCAAAUGUUGUCGCCACAUUUUCAAAAGAUGGCAUGAUGCUUCCUGUAGGAAAUGAUAAAGGCUAUGAGGUGUUAGUUACAGAGAAGCCAAUCAAUAGUUCUAUGGAUAUAGUGAGGAGUACAACAACGUUGAAGAAGAACGUUACCGAUGGCAAUGAUAAGGGCGUUUAUAAAUGCGAUGCUGAAAGAGGAACAGACACCAAGACAACAAGCAUCACCGUUUAUACAUUCACAGCUUCUGGAAUAGAUGCUGAGUUACCUAUCAUAACAGAGGGUAAGGAAACACCCAAAAUAGACUUGGAGUGUAAUGUAGAUGUAAAAGCCCAGAAGGAUCUGGUUGAUUAUGCUGUCACUUGGGAGAGGGAUGGGGCAAAGGUUGAAAAUGGCGAUAAGUACAAUAUGGAGAAUAACACUCUCCAAAUUCUGAAACCGACAAGAGCAGACAUGGGAGAGUACCAGUGUGUUGUUACUUUCUUUCCAACCUCCUCAGUUGAGAAACAUACAGUUCGACCAAAACCAUCCUAUCUUAAAGCUGGCCCUGCUAUUGAUAGUCAUGACAACAACAAAAACUUGGUACAGGGGGAUAACCUUGAGUUAAAAUGUAAAGUUUCUGGAUUCCCAAAACCAACUGUAUCAUGGUUCAAGGACGGUUCUGAAAUAAACACUACCACCAGGAUACACACACUUGAAUAUGAAGGUGCCAUGGGGAAGCUCAUGAUAUAUUCACUGGAAGAUGAAGAUGAAGGCUACUAUAAGUGUUUCGCUGAAAAUGAUGUUGAACCAUUAAACGCUACAGCGGAGAUGAGAGUGAGAGUUAAAGAGGAAGUGUCUACUGAAAAAAUGUCCACAGAGGAAAUGUCUACAGAAAAAAUGUCUACAGAGGAAUUAUCUUCAGAAAAAAUGUCCACAGAGGAAGUGUCUACAGAAAAAAUGUCCACAGAGGAAGUGUCUACAUCUAAACCAAUUAAGGGCAGUCGUGACAAGUAUGCUGCUCUGUGGCCUUUCCUGGGAAUUGUAGUUGAGGUGGUAGUCCUCUGUGUCAUUAUUCUAGUGUAUGAGAAGAGGAGGAGCAAGAAACUCGAAGAAGAAGAUGCUGUCGACAGUAAUCAAGAUAACCCAGUUGACCACAAAGAUGUACGUCACAGAAGAACAUAAGCAGUAAAGAUUCCAGACAUGGGUGAAUAGAGCACGCUACUUUAAAAAUGAAAAAUCCAAAAAUUUGUUUUCAAAAUCGUGUCACUUAUUGUGAUUGCUAUGCAGAUCUCAUGAAAGACUGAGUGAUAUUUUACAAAAAGUGGAAUUUUAUUAAAUGUGUAUUUAUUCAAGAAAAAGGCAUACAACAGGAGUGAAAGUAAAGUGACUAUUGUGUAGCCUGUGUUAAAAAAUAAAUUUUAACAGUUGAAACUCAGAAAAUGUAGAAUAUAUAUCUACAGAUAUCUAAGCCACUGGAAAUGAAAAUGGAAUGACAUUGUUUAGGAUGCGUCAGAAACAUAUUUUUUAAACAUUUUGUCUUGUAAUAACAGAAUAACUGAGGAAUUGGUGACAGAAGAUAUCUCGUGUAUUCAAAAAAAAAAAACUUAGAAGUGAGGUGAUGUGUUUAUAUACUUGUUUCUAGGAACAUUUUCAGUUUUAAAAUCAUGCUUUUUUUGGGUGAAAUAUAGUGUAAAAAAAAACAGAAUGACCUCCGGUCAGUUGAAUGUUGAAAGUGCUGAGUAAAUGUUAUGUGGAUGAAAAUGUAGGAUAUUUUCUAAUGUUGAAAAUGUGUUUAGGGCCUAUUGUUGAAGUCAAAAGUUGUUGAAGAUUGUUAAUGUGUGAUAGUUUUUACAUAGAAUUAUUUAAUAUUUAUAAUUCAGGAUGAUUUUAAAGAUAAUUCUGACAUUCAAGUGUUUCCCAAAUCCUUUACGUGGGUUCAACCAAAGAAGUGGAACUUGCAUGUCUGUGGGAAUUAAGCAAAAAGCAUGAUGAUAAAGUAAGAUGCCAUUUCAGAAAAAAAAAGGUGAAAAAAACGUGGAAAGCAAUCAGAUUUCAUCUACAGCUUAUUUGAGGUUUGUCUCGGACUUGUCAACUAGUUUAAGUGCUUACCAGAAAUCCUAACUGAUCAUGUCUGAAUAUGAUUUGACUAGCUGAGACAGUGAAAGAAACCAAUAGAAUCACGUGUUUUUUUGAAAAUCUGAAGUAAUUGCCAUGAACUCGUACUUCAGAAAUUAUCUGCAAAAAAUCUGGUAAAGCGUCUUAGAAUGAAAUAAAUAUAGACACUUUUGUUCAAGUCGUAAAUUAUAUACAACUUGUGCAACAUUUUGACAUUUUGUUAGGAACUUCGAAAAUAUAUGCCUGUUGUAUUUUAUACAUAACAAUUUUUUAUUUGCAAACAUUAUUGACCCAGUUGUCUAGAAUUUUAACAGGUGGUAAAAGUUAACAGCCGAUUAACUUUCAGAAUGAUAUUUUUAUAGAUAAUUACUAUAGACUGAGCAAGAACAUAUGUAAUAGUUAAGGAUUAUGAACAACCACAAGUAUUUACAUUCUGAUCAAAACAUCAAAUUAGUCUUUCCCACCAAGGCUAAAAUUUCAAAUAGAGUCAAGCUAGUUAAAGUUUCUGGACAACUGGGCCAUUGAAUAUGUAUAGAAUGAAUAUAUAAACCCAUGUUACAAUGUAUAUUAGAAUCUACUAGCACCCAGAUAUUCAGCUCAUUUUUAUCAUUCUUUUACAUUCCUUACGUAGGUUUCAUUUCAAGCGGGUUCAUUGGAAAAUUAUUAAAAUCAAAAUUGUAUAUUUUUGAGAUUCCAUGCAUAAGAAACAUAUGUACAGCAUUUUAUAUAGACAUAAUAAUUGAAUGAAUUAUAACCAAACUGUCAAGUUGCUCGUAAAGCAGAUUUAACUGUUGAUAAUUUAGGAGGAGGAAAAUAUAUUUGGACAGUUUUGAAGUUUUAUAUAUAUCAGAAUUAUAGAGUCAUGGUUUUGCAGGGUAUAUUUUUAGAAAUACAAUGAACUACGGAAGUUUAGUCAUGUAAAUUACUCAUAAAUAUCCUAUAUCACUUCGGGUAGCGUGCACGAUAAAAUUAUGUUAAUUAAAAUCGUAGGAAAAUGGGUUUUUUUUCUAGGAAUGUACAUAAUUUGAUGUAAAUUGUACGGUAGAUGAUAUUCGAGACAGCCAGUUUGCUUCAUAGUAAUUCAUUUGAUCACAUCAAUGCUAGGAUACUUAAUAAGCAGAAAUAUAAACAUAUAUACAGAGCCUUCAAAAGGGAUUUUCUUUUUUUUCUUUUUCUAGUUCUGUUUGUGAAAUGAAUUUUGAUGACUGUUGCAUGCACUAAUGAGUAUAGAAUUACUCUCUUUAAAAAAGAAAAAAGAGCUAUAGUUAAACAUUUUUAUGAAGACCAUACUCGAUAGACACAAACAUUGCAGAUGUUUUAUUAAGAAAUGAAACAAGCUGAAAAAGACAGGUUGUCCUUAUUAUUCAGGGGGUCUUUAAAGACAGAUGUUUGUUGUUUAAAGGUCAUUAAUUCUGGUUUGAAUGUAAAUUGUAACUUACAAGAUGGCAAUGGUGGAAAUUGUAAAAUCAUAACAACAAAUGUUUGAAGAAAAUGCUAACCUUGCAUUAAGGGUCUCUGAACUCGCGCAUGAGUUUGAAGUGAAUUUUAAAUGUUGUACUCCUGGAUUAUUACAACUUGAAACAACACGUUUUUUGUUAAGAUUGUGAUUUGAACUACCAGAAAUGAUAAAAUUCAGGUUGUCUGGUUUUGAAAAAUUCUUCUGAUUGGUUAAUUUUAAGAACUGAUUUGAAAUUGACCAAUGAAUGGGUUACAUUCAUAGUCUGGUCUCCAAAUUCAUUGUUUUAACCUUGGCAUCUGGCUUUGUCAAAAUCUCUUCUGGUAGUUCAUUUUAAGUCUUCAUUAUAAAGUUUUUAUUGUUGUGCUUUUUUGUGUACUUUAACAGUAGGUAACUAUACUGUAAUGUGUGAUACUUGUUUUCAUUUCAGUUUGCACUAAUAUGACUUGUAAAUAAAUUUAAGCUUAAAUUUGUGUGGACUUGGUUUGCUAAAUUGAAAUAGCAGUUUUGUAAAAAGUUUGCCUGUUGAAAAUUGACUAGGUGCAAUAAUUUUUUUCUUUUGUGAAGGAGACUUUUUUGUAUAUCCUCAAUCAUGUUUUCUUUGUUUAAAGUUCUUUGGUAUAAUUCAGCUUCUUUCUCCUUUUUUCAAGAAUUUUGUAAUUUCUAGAACUCAGUUAAAAUACCAGUAAUACUGUAUAUAGUUUGCUUAACAUUUCGUUUAACAUUUUCUAGAGCCUGUAAAAUAAGAAAUUGAGAAAAUAUAGAGAGAACUGCCAUAUUCUGAAAUUCUUUGUGUAAUAGUGAACUACCAAUUACCAAUUUUACAUCACAUACUUUUAGAAAGUAUGGUUUCAAAGUACUAUUUAAAUUUGAGUUAUAGGAUUAAUCACUUCUGUUUUGAAGUAAAAAUCAUCCAAGUUACUGCUUACACUCUCUUUUUAAGCUUUAGAUAUGUGGUAAUGUAGACAGGAAUGUUAGUUAUGGCUUGUUUAUAUGCUGAUUUUUACACACAUUAUUGUAUUAUGCAUUUCUAUAGAAACGUAAGUUUUAAAUAAAUUUAUCCCAUUUU